AUAUUUGAUUCUCGUUUGGUACAACCACCUUAGGGCAUCUCCAACAAGAGUCGUAAAGCAGUUCGUAAAUGGAUAACGGACGAUUUGCAUACCCAUUUCGUCAUUUUCGUCAAGCCAACAGAGGUCGCAAACCGAUUCGGAAAUUUACGACCCCAUUUCUGGUUCCCAUAUUUGCGACUCUGGCAAGGAGAGAGACGAAGGUCGCAAACCAGCGCGGGUGUUGAGCAACGGCUAUGAAUAGUGUCAAAAACCAGGUGCCAUACGGUGGCCGAACCGGAAAGGAAGGGGACAGCGAACCAAGAGGCCAAAGGUUGCUUGCUAACUCUCAGCCACUUGUUAGAAGGAAGUGCAGCUUUAUUAUCGGGGGGAAUCAACAGGAAGGAAAAAAGAAGAUAUGAAUUCCCUAUACAAUUCACAUGCAUCGUUGCUCAUGAGUGAUGAAUUAGACGAUGAUCAUCAUAUUGAUCAAUUGGAUUCACAAAUUCCAUCCGAGGUUGUGCCUUCAACAAGAACUAGUCGAAGAAGUCAAAAUUUCUCAAUUGACGAUGAUAAACUCCUUGUGUCCGCUUGGCUAAAUACCAGCAAAGAUUCAAUUCAAGGGAAUGCUCAAAAUUCUAACAGAUAUUGGCAAAGAAUUAAUGAAUUUUUCAACACCCAUGGAGGCCCCCGCACCCAAGCAUCGCUAAAACAAAGGUGGAAUGACAUUAACAAGAAGUGUCAAAAAUUUUCUGGAUAUUUAAGCCAAAUUGAAGGAAGACACCCUAGCGGACAAACCGAACAAGGAAUGCUUGAUAAUGCAAAAUCCAUGUACGCUGAAUUAGAGCGUAAACCAUUUAUGCUUGAACAUUGUUGGAUUUUAUUGAAGGAAGAAGUCAAAUGGCAAGAAACUCUCUCAAACAAGAGGCAUAAGACUUCUAGUGUCUCCCUACAUGACACUCACGAGUCAUCGAUUGGCGGAGAUGAUGAUGAACGUUCAAUUAAUCAAGAUAGACCAUUAGGCACAAAGGCCGCAAAAAAACUUGCUGCAAGUGGAUCAAAGUCCUCCAUUUCGGAUGAGAUCUUGAAAGAGAAAAUUGAUGUCGAACGCGCAAAAUUUGAACAACGUGACAUAGCUCUACUUGAACAACAACGAAAUAGAGAGCUAAAAGAAAGGGAGAUGGAGAGGAAUUGGGAAAUUGAAGUUAUGUCUAAAGACCUUAGAGGCAUGGAUCCCAUGGUGGCUGAGUAUUGGAAGAAUGCUAGGAUGGAGAUAAUGGAAAAAAAGGGUUAUGUUUGAGCUUUUUAAUUGUACUAAUGUCUUUAUGUUUUAGACUAUGUAUUAUUGAGCUUUAUGUAUAAUUGAGGUUCUGAUCAUGAUUGAGGCAUAUGUAUUAUUGGACAAUCUUUUAUUUGCU